UUCAUCAGAAAUAAUAAGAAUCUUACGAAUGAAGACAAUUUACUUAAAAAUGACGAACUCUUCGACUAUUUAUUUGAUUUAUUCAAAGACCAAAAACAAGCCUUAAAUGUCGGGAAAUUUUUAUCGGGGUUAGCAGAGAAGGGAAUUAAGAAAACCGAUCCGCGUUUGGAUAAAAUGGUUGAAAGACUCAAAGCUAUUCUCAUGGAAAGGAAAGAGAGCGGGAAUAUAGAGGGACUGACUCUCGAUAAGGAUCUCUUCAAAAGUGUAUUUCAAGAGAACCUCAUUCUCUUCAGCAGAGCCUUUAGACAUGAUUUCGUUGUCCCCGACUUCACUGAUUUCUGCAAAUAUAUCGAAGAGUUUUAUUGGAAAUGUAAGGCAAAUAUUGGAGGCAAAGUCGCCGCUUAUAUCCCACAGUUGGCUAAAUUUAAUCCGGAAUACUGGGGCGUAAGUGUCUGUACAGUCGAUGGGCAGAGAUAUUCAAUCGGAGACACAAACAUUCCGUUUACGAUUCAGUCGACUGGAAAGCCUAUCAAUUAUGCGAUAGCAUUGAAUGAGUUGUCCUGCAAUGUUGUGCACAAAUACGUGGGUCAGGAGCCCAGCGGCCGUAUGUUCAACGAACUCGUACUCGACUACAAUCGCAAACCCCAUAACCCGAUGGUAAACGCCGGCGCUAUCGUCAUCUGCUCUCUACUCAUGCAUCUCAUCAAACCAGAGAUGAGACACUCGGAGAAGUUUGAUUGGGUCAGCAAUUACUACAAGAGUCUGUGCGGCGGUGAGUACCUGGGCUUCAAUAACGCCACUUUCCUGUCCGAGAGAGAGGCCGCCGACAGGAACUUUGCCAUCGCUUACUAUAUGAAAGAACAUAAAUGUUUUCCCGAAGGAUCCGUCCUCAAGGAUGUCAUGGAUUUUUAUUUUCAGAUGUGUUCAUUGGAAGUGAACUGCCAUUCCGUUAGUGUAAUGGGUGCCACUCUGGCUAAUGGAGGCAUAUGUCCCAUCACUAACCAGACAGUAAUCAACAAUUCUUCGGCGGUUAGAGAUUGUCUAUCACUAAUGCAUUCGUGCGGAAUGUAUGACUAUUCCGGUCAGUUUGCCUUCAGAGUAGGUCUUCCCACCAAAUCAGGGGUUUCGGGAUCAAUGAUGGUUGUGGUGCCUAAUGUAAUGGGUAUCUGUUGUUGGUCUCCAGCUCUGGACACGUAUGGAAACUCUGUGCGAGGGGUGGAGUUUUGUGAGGACUUGGUGUCCACAUUCAACUUCCAUCACUACGACAACCUCUUCCAUAGCAGACAUAAAAUGGAUCCCCGGAAGAGAGGCUUUACCUCCAGACCAAACUCUUACGGCAAUAAUAUAUAAUAAGUUAUUAUAUUAAUAGUAAUUAUUAUUAAUAACUGUUGAGGUG